AUGGAGCUUUUGGUGUUUUUUGCCCUGAUCCAGAUGGCACUAACGUCGAACAUCCUGAUGACGUUCACACCGAUAACAAGUCACUGCAUGGAAAUGGCUGCCAUUGGCAACGAACUGAUCAAAAGGGGUCAUAGUGUGUCGGCCUACGUUCCCAACUUCUUCAAUACAAGAUAUUGUUUUCAGAAUUCAGAGAUUCGUAUCAUCAAAUUUGAUGUGAGCGCGACCAAUGCGGCUCUUUACCAAGCGACUAUCAGUACCGUAGAGAAAAACGUGGUGACCAGAGACAAGGGAAUCGUGCAGGCUAUUCUGGAAGUAGCCAGGGCGGUGGAUAUCGUCUGCGACGGUCAACUCUCAAACCGGAACCAGCUGGACGAGUUCAAACAGGCCGGAUAUGAUGUGUUCAUGACAGAGGGUCUCCCUUACACACGCUGCUACCACCUCGUCCCCUACUACAUGGGCGUCCGCACUGUGUCGGUCAGCAGUUACAUCGAUGAUUUCGGCAGUGGAGCUGCCUUUCAGCCCUACACGUACCCGCAUCCUAUUGGUUCGUACACAAACGAAAUGACAGCUGUACAGAGACUUCUCAAUGGUCUACACUACAUUAUUCUAACUCUGACCAGUCCAAUUAUUAAACCUUCGUUUGAUGCGAGUAAACAUGGCGAACCUUUCAAGAGUGUUGAUCAACAAAUGCUGCUUCAAAAUUCGUCGUUGUAUCUCGAGAAUUCUGACUACAUUGCUGAUUAUCCCAAAGCUAACUUCCCCAACUUCGUCCAGGUAGGGGGAUUAACAGCACGCCCCUCAGCACAUCUACCUAAUGAUCUGAAGUCAUACCUCGACAACUCCAAAACUGGAGUCAUUCUUGUUUCGUUUGGGAGUAUGCUGAAAAUCGCAUCUUCUAUCUUCACCAAACGUAUAGUAUCUGCUUUGAACGUACUCCCAUAUGACGUCAUGUUAAAAUUAGAGAGCAACUCGCAAGAAGGCAAUGUGAAGAUUGUAGACUGGAUACCACAAAAUGAUGUUCUCGCCCAUCCAAAAGUUCGACUGUUUGUGUCUCAUUGUGGCAGAAAUGGAUUUUUUGAAUCCUUAUACCAUUCUGUUCCCAUCAUAUGCACGCCUUUGAAUGUUGACGCCUUUCAAACGGCAAUUAAAGUCAAACAUCACAGAAUUGGGACAUCAAUGGACAUUAUAACUUCCACAUCACAGGAAAUAGUUACCACUAUAAAAUCCGUGUUGAACGACUCAUCCAUCGCUUCCAAUAUGCGGCGGAUGUCUCAUCUCUUCAGGGACAGACCGGAAACAGGGGCGGAAAGAGGGGCGAGCGCCAUAGAGCACGUGAUCAAAUAUGGGGACAAACAUCUUAAGCCACCCACCAACACACUGAACUAUUUUCAGUACACACUGGGUGAAUACUGGUUUGUAGUUUUCACUUUCACCUCGGUGGUAAUAUGUGGUAUGGUGACGCUGUUUAAAUGCAUCUGCUGUAGAACCUCUGCUGUUGCGGUGUCCUUUACUGAAAAAUCGGACUAA